AUGGCGUACGAGAGGAAGUUCGCAGCCAGAUCCGGCGAGGAGGAGGUGUCGUACGAGCAAGCGUAUCAUCUGGGAGAGAAACUGAGAGCUCGCGGUGUGACUGCAGCGGAUGUGCUACAAAGUGAAGGCGAUGUUUUGGCGGGAAAGGUUCAAGAGGAGGGAGGCGCGCAGACGGAAUCCGUAAAUGACGACGUUGCCCGUCAAGCAGAGUUUCCGCGGAGAACUCUCUCUGCAACUUCCGCCUCCCCCUCCGCCUCCGCUUCCGCUUCCCCUGAUCAGUCCGCGCUCGCGACCCAAACCAUCGCGCGUCUUCGCUCGCUCGGCUUCCGAACCUUCGCGUCCGCUCUGGAGAAAACGGACGUUCUCUCCGCACUCCCUUCGACCGUCGCGCGCCCUGGGGGGUUCUCCCUCCUCGUCCCCUCGGACCGCGCGUUCCUUCAUCUCCCGCAAGCCGUACAGAAGCUAUUAAGAGGCCCGGACGCGAAAGCCGUACUUAAGAACCUCAUUCUAUACCACAUUUUUCAGCCGCGGAUUAAUUUUAACUACUUUUUGAAGCUCAGAGGACGGCGCGUGAAGACGCUGCUUAGAGACCAGACUCUGACCGUUGGAUUCGGGCGCUCCGGCUUUCCCGCAGCGCCGACAGUCGCGGGAGGGGAGUCUCUUUGGUUUGCUCCCUCUGACGGCGGAAAGCGGGUUGCGGAUAGCAGCAGCGCCAGGCCCGCUGGUGGCGGUAGCGCGGGUACCGUUGUGAUUGUAAAAGAUGUUGCUUAUAACGGGCUCGCGAUCUGCCAGGCUGUCAGCGUGGUGCUCGUUCCGCCGUUGGAUCUCCUUUCGCCUCCCAACGCAUUACCCUCCGCCGCCACCACCACCACCACCGCGACUAAGGCUAAGAACGCGCCUCCGGUUUCCAAAACCAAGUCGCCCGCCAACGGCGGAAGUGGAGGGAAGAUUCGUCCGCCUCCAUUGAAGAAAAACGUCGUCGAAUCCGCCUCCACGUUCGGCGGCAGAAUUGCAGCCGCGGCAGGUGCGGGGAAGCGCGGAAAUGCAGCGCCAGUGGCCGUGCCGAGUCCCGUUAUCCGACCGUCUUCCAUAACGUUAACCCCGCAGCAGCAGGUGCUCUACUGGCUGUCACGCCACGGGCUGGGCCGCACCGCCGCGAAUCUCGCGCAGUCCGGCGUGCUGGAUCUCGCGACGGCGGAUAACCCGGUUACCGUUCUCGCGCCAACGCAGCUCGCGUAUCGCUUCCUCCCCUGGACGGUCCGGCAGCUGUUCUUCACCGCGUCGGGGGAACAGGUGUUACCGCGGCUGAUGAAAUACCACGUUAUAACGGAGCGGCUUACAGUGAAGCAGCUGCGGUCGGCCGGGAAUAACAAGUAUCCGACCCUGUUGGAUGAACACCCCGUUGAUACGAAAGUAGGCUCGACAUUUGUCCGUUUCUCUCCCGAGCCUCCGGAUUACGCCGCCGCGACCAUCAUCCCCGGGUCGUCCUUCAGCAACGGCAUCGCGACCGUCCACGUCAGCAGCUCCGUGCUCAUCCCGCCGUACGAUCUCCUCUCCGUCCCAGAGCCUCCCACCCCCGCGCCCGUCCCCCCGCCGCUCGGCCCCGCGCCCGGCCCCGGCCCCUCCCCCGCCCCCGCAGCAGCGGGGACCCAAGCGCUAGAUAUGGUGGGGGACUUGGAGGCGGAAGGGGGGAGUUUCUGGGAAGAGGCUAGACUCAGGGCUUCCGCUCCCGUUCCCCCUCCCCCUCGCCCUCCGCUUCCCCUGCCGCCGCCCCCGCCCACGGGCGGGUUCGUCCCGAAGCGCCAGCUAAUCUCGUUUGACGACGCGCGCGGGGAGCCGUACAGCGCCGCGCCUCCCCCCAUGGCGGAGCCUCAUAGCACCGCGCCUCCCCCCAUUGCCGUGGACUUGGCGCAGGAAGGGGAAGGGGAAGGGGAGGGGGAAGGUGAAGGGGAAGGGGAGGGGGAACGAGAAGCGGACGAGGUUGACGAGGUUCGGGAAGCGGCGCUAGAGACAGCAGCGGGUUCGGAGGGGAGGGAGGUGUACGGCAAACCUGGUUCCGAAUCAGGUGCUUCCUCAGGUGCUGCCUCAGGUGUUUCUUCAGGUGCCAGGCGUGUGCUUCCUGAGCUAUCACUCAGCGCCCGCCAGCAGACCAUAGACGAGCUAGCAAAGCGCGGCCUCACUGUACUCGCUAAGAACCUCGCCGCUACAAGGAUACUAGACUCCCUAUCCGGCCCCGCUACACUCCUCGCGCCCACCAACCUAGCCUUCUGGACCCUCCCUCUUCCCAUUAAAGCCCUCCUGAUGGGUCCCAAGGCGGACUUAGUUCUUAGAAACCUCGUGGCCUAUCACAUCCUGCCACGUGGCCGCGUGUCGUCGAAGCAGUUUGAGGCGGGGAUAGAGGCGGCGGGGAUCGAGGGGUAUGAGAUAUUUGACACGCUGCUGGAGGGGACCAGUGUGAAGGCGGAGCACGUGGGGAAGGCCCUCGCCUUCUCGCCGCUGCCCAUGGUGCCCCUGCUGAGCCGAGUGGCUCGGGUUGUCGCGUCGGAUAUUAAUACCGGAGCUGAUGCUGCUGCUAACGAAGCUGAUAGUAGCGGGGAUGAUGCUGGUAGCGGGGAUGCUGGUAGCGGGGACGGAAUCACGAUCCAUGUGAUCAACCGAGUGCUCAUUCCGCCGGUCAAAGUGCUGCUAGCGCCCUUCGAUUCCCCCUCCUCCUCCUCCUCCUCCUCCUCCUCCUCCUCCUCCUCCUCCGCCGUCUCCGCUUCCUCCUCCCCUACAGGCGUAGCAACAGCAGCAGCAGUUAACCCUUUCAGUGCGGCAUAUGCUGCUUCGGCCCAAUCCAUGGUCUUACCAAUGGUCGUAACCUCUCCAAGCGAACCCCCUCCCCCACCUCCCUCACCUCCCUCGCCGCCCCCUCCUCCUGCGGCGGACGACACCAUAAUGAGCCGCCUGCGCCUCUUCGGGUGCACCAAGACGGCCGACAUGAUCGUACGCUCCGGCUUCAUCGCGCUCCUCACCACCGCCACAUCCCCCAACGUCACCUUCUUUGCUCCCACUGACGACGCGCACGCCCGCAUCCCCGCACCCGUGAAGCAGCUUAUCACAGACAACGGCGCUGCGGCCGAGACGCUUCUCCUGAGCUACCAGGGGGUUUUCGGGAUUCAGACCUACGCGGAGCUGACUAACAAGUCGACCGGGUCGCUCCCAACGCUGUUGACGGAUAUGUCUGUCACGCUGACCAAGACCCGCUGCCCGUACUUCAAGAGGUUUUACCGGGAGCCGGGGUGUAAGGAGGAGGUUUCCCUGUUUUCGGAGCCGCCUAUGAGCAAGACUGUGUUUGAGGAGGGUGCAUGUUGGUGUCGCGGUGAGGAGAGGAUGCUUCAAGCGUAA